CGGGACUUGUUUUAGUGUUCAUGAAUUAGGUCGCUGAUUCUUCUUGUUAUCGCGUGUGAAGUUUUGUCGUAUUAUGUCUUACGAUUAUAAUGAGAAUACUGUUGUAGAUGAGUUUUCAUCUAUGACUGUCCAUUCAAACGGUUCAGAUGGUGGCGGUGCCAAACUUUAUGUGCCUCCUCAUUUGCGAAAUCGUGGGACUUCAAAUGGUCUCGCAGACUCUGUAAAUGAUUUUAGUCAAUUUAGUCGCCCUUCCCGUGGUACUGGUGGUGAUAACUUUCGUGGACGUCCUUUUCGUGGUUCUUAUAGUAACAGGGGAUCAAAAGUUGGGAAUGAAAGGCAGCAAUCUGACUCACGGUGGUCAAGCUUCAACGUGAAUACUCAGUCACGGGGUGGUCAUUCUACUUUAGGGCCUAAUGUUCCCAGACGCAGUUGGAAUUCAUUCACCGAAGACUGGACUCAACAGUUGCCACGAAACGAGCGUACGGAACAAGAGCUUUUCAAGAAAGCGAGCGCGGGCAUAAACUUUAACCAAUACGACAACAUUCCUGUAAAUGCGACGGGGCCAAACUUUAACGACAGUGCAUCAACUAUAUCUUCAUUUACCGAACUUUCACUUCAUAAAAUUGUACGUGACAACGUCGAACUGGCCAAUUAUGAGCGUCCUACACCAGUACAAAAGCAUGCUAUUCCAAUAAUUGCAUCAGGUCGAGACCUAAUGGCAUGUGCACAAACUGGUUCAGGAAAAACUGCUGCAUUCCUUAUUCCAAUCUUAAAUAACAUGAUUAAACAAGGUCCUGGUGAUUCUAUAUGCGCCACUAUAAACAACAACCGAAGAAAACAGUUCCCUGUAGCUCUUAUACUGGCUCCAACUCGCGAAUUAGCAUCUCAGAUUUUUGAUGAUGCCCGAAAGUUUUCCUAUAGAUCUCUUAUCAGACCAUGUGUUCUUUACGGUGGUGCUGAUAUGAGAACGCAGUUGAUGGAGUUGUCCGAAGGCUGUAAUCUAUUAGUUGCCACUCCAGGUCGACUAAGUGAUGUUUUAGAACGGGGUCGAGUCGGCUUAGACCAUUGUCGGUUCCUUGUUCUUGACGAAGCUGAUCGUAUGUUAGACAUGGGGUUCGAACCACAGAUUCGUCGUAUUGUAGAGCAAGAUGCUUUCCCACCUUCCGGCGAAAGACAGACACUUAUGUUCUCGGCAACCUUCCCCAAUGAAAUUCAGAUUUUAGCCAAAGAUUUCUUAAACAAUUAUAUAUUUUUGACCGUUGGACGUGUUGGGAGUACGAGUGAAAAUAUCACGCAAACGAUACUUUGGGUUGAGGAAAAUGCUAAACGAGAUACUCUAGUCGAUUUGCUUGCUCAUUCAGAAGCAGGUACACUAACAUUAGUUUUUGUUGAAACAAGACGGGGUGCAAAUGCUCUUGAAAACUAUUUAUACUCACAGAAGUUUCAAGUUGCCAGUAUACAUGGAGAUCGUACUCAGGAAGAUCGGGAAUUAGCGUUGUCUUGUUUUCGUUCGGGAAGAACGCCAGUGCUCGUUGCAACAGCUGUUGCAGCUCGUGGUUUGGAUAUUCCAAAUGUCAAGCACGUUAUCAAUUACGAUCUUCCGUCAGAUAUUGAAGAGUACGUACAUCGCAUCGGCCGAACUGGUCGUGUUGGCAAUCUUGGACUGGCUACUUCUUUUUUCAAUGACAAAAACCGCAAUUUGGCCCGUGGUCUAGUUGAGUUGCUUGAAGAAGCUAAUCAAGAUAUCCCGCCUUGGCUGAAAGCAAUUACAGGAGACGUAAGACCUACAAGUUUCCAACGUCCAAGAAACAAUCGUCGUGGCGGUUUUGGUGCUCGUGAUUAUCGACAAACUCCAUCACGUGGUGCUAAUAAUUCUAAUCGUCCUACUGGCCCAACGUCUAGAGACUAUGGAUUGCUUCGCGAUAGUAGCUAUUACGAUUCCCAACCAUGCUCGGUGUCACAGAGUUCUCCAGACUGGUGGGGCAAUUAGCAGUCAUAAUUACAGAUAUAAUUAACUACCAUGAACACUACACAUUUUGAUCCUGUCGUUUUUUAUAAUUUAAAUCAUUUUCGACAAUUUUUACAUCAGCGGAAACUUGCUUUCAUAAUUUACUUUGGAAUUCACGCCACCAAAUAGGUGCAGUUAUUGUCCUUUCCCAAAUUUAGUUUUGAUUACCAAUUCAGUAUGUGCAUCCAUGUGGGCAUAAUAGCGGUAAUUCCUCAUGGAUAUCAUUUGUGAAUUGCCACUGUUCUUUCCUAAACCUGCAUUUAUUUUUGUCAAGGUGUGAUUUUCCCAGUGAAUUAAGACGAGUUGAACCGCUUUUUGGUAUUUGGAAAAAGCUUGUAUUGAUUAAAAAACUAGAUU